GAACACCAUGUCAUUCCUCAUUGUUGUCAAGUAGGACAAAUAACAUACAGUAGCGCGUUGAUUAUGAGCAGGACAGACUGCCGACCCAGCGACCCGAGUCACCCGACAGAUGCAAAGGCCUGCGUGGAUCCUGGCCGUGAAAGCCACGGCCCCCAUCUUAGCCCACUUACCCCUUGCACAGCCCGCCCUCUGUCGCACGUAGUCUCUAACUGAGUAUUGACACGUGCCAUCAUGUUGAUGUUGAACGUCAGCCAUCCCAUCUGCCGGGGCCCGCUGUCCGCUGCCGGACUGCGUAAUGUGCAUCGGCACCGCGUCUCGCUUGCCUGCGCAGCGAAGCGCGGGUCGCAGCAGCGUGCUCAACAGCCUGCAUCACUCUCCAAGAAAGCGGAGGAGCUCAUGCAGGUUGCGGUGAACGAGGCAGCCCAGCAAUCAGCCGCAGCAUCGCAAAAGACCGUGGCGGAGCUGCGCCACAUCCACAGCAGUGUGGAUAAGCUGCUGGGUGAGGUGUACACGCUGUCGCACAUUGCACGUGUGCAGCGCCUGCAGAUGGCACGCCUCGUGCUCGGGCCCCACCUGGAGCCCUCCAACACCUACCGAGAUUACAAGCGCUUCAGGCACCCACGGCUGAUGGACCACGUACUCGAGGAAACACUGUACAGCAGUCACCGGCCGAUACAACUCCAAAUGGACCGCUCGGACCUGAACCACGAGACCUACGACUUCAAGCCCAACACACUCCGGUAUGAGCUAGAUGGGCUGACGGGGCUGACGUCGGAGGUGUUUCACGACGGCGGCAGUUGGUACGUACAAUUUGAGGGCGACGAGUGAGGCUUGAUCGCAGUACAGAAGGCCCACAGUGCUGGUGUUGGUUUGUGCGCACUGGGGCCGUCGAGGUCCGGUGGCUGCUUGGCGGUUUGGCCUGGUGAACGCAGCAGGGCGCAGUUGCAGUUGCACAUGUAUGGUCACGUGGUGCCAACGGUCCUAGGCACUAGGCACUCACUGAAGUUGCUGUGCACUGAGACUAAUAAGAUUAACAGCGCAAGUCAAGUAGAGCACAUACGCAAGAACGAGCUGCUGAUGACUCCGUGUGUGGCAGCACAUGCAGUUGUAGAUACUGGAGCAUGCA